AUGUGUGCGGAAGAUGUUGAGAAGCUUGUAAAUAACCGACUUCGAGAUUUAAGGAUUGGCGGAAAUUUCGAAGAUGCAUUACGCAUGGAGGUAGACCAAGCAAACUCCUCACCUUUUACCGCCGAAAUAGAACAGGCUGCUCCCCCGAAACGAUUCUCAACUCCCUCUUUCACAUGCUUCAAAGGGGAUUCUGAUCCUGAAAGUCAUCUAAAGCACUUCAAGAGCGAGCAGCUCAGGACUGGUUCUACACCCUGCCAUCUGGGUCGAUCAGCAGCUUCAAGGAGCUUGCUUAUGUCUUCACCAAGGAAUACACUUCUUAAGAAGAACCCUGACCAUCUGUUCAACUUGUACAAGAAGUCCGACGAAUCCCUCCGAGACUACAUCAAGAGGUUCAAGGCGGAGAGGGCAAAAAUCAUAGGAUGUGAUGACCAAGUUGCGUCCUCUGCCUUCAAGAGGGGUUUGCCAACUGAGUGUGAGCUGUAUGGUGAGCUGACCAUCUCUCCCUGCCAAACAUUGGUAGAAGUUUUGGCAACAGCUGAGCGCUACGCACUUUGGGACGACGAUCGAAUUGCCGCAAAGAAGGCUGCCAAGCAAGCCGAUCAACCGGCUGAGCAGGCAAGCCAAAGAAACGGCAACAACAAGGAUGAGGGCAAGCGCAGAUCACAGCCUGAAGGAAGUACUCCAGCAACUGAGAGCUACACCAAGUUCACUAUCCCAAUUCACCAUAUCCUAGCCCAAGUAAGGGACAUGCCCUGGUUGAAGAAACCAUCGCCUUUGAAGGGAAACCUAGCCAAGAAAGAUGAUCCUAGCCCAAGUAAGGGACAUGCCUUGGUUGAAGAAACCAUCGCCUUUGAAGGGAAACCCAGCCAAGAAAGAUACCAGUAG